CUCGCCGCCGCGGAGCAGUGAGCCCUGAGCGGGGAACACAAGCUGCCCUCGCCCCGUCACCAGCUCCACCAACCUCGGGGACAUGAACUCAUUAAGUCCCGCUGCGGUGCUCGUCUCCACGCAGCCCGUCUGAGCUCCGUCUCCUCGGAACAUGGCCUGUCGGUUCCUGCGACUUCCACCGCAAACCCUUCCGCAUUUUCCUGCCGCUCUCGGGCUGUGACGUGUCGUGCUGACGGCGGCCUCGGAGCUGCUGGAGGAGCGGGGGGCUGUAGCACGACGACGAGCUGGCUCCGCACGUCCCGCUUUGCGUUCAGCGGAGCUCCAGAAACUACCCCUGACCCCUCCUUCUCCGCUCCUCUCCGGCCCGCCCAAAUAACACCAAAUUCCCGACUGGAUCCUGCCCGAGUCUGGGGGAACCAGGCGGCCUGGGAAAGCCGAGACGCGGACCGAGGCCAUCCCUGCAGCUCCAAUCCGCUGUCCAGUAACAAAUGCAGUGCGAGGACAAUGGAUGAGAAUGUCACCAGGCUUGCAAUACAUUCCGAAGAGCCUAAAAUAAUAUUACACGGAUCGGAUGAAGGUGGUGCCGGCGGACAGGAGUUUGUUGUGGAGCUUCAAGAGACUGUGUUGGUGUCGGAAGGUGACGGGGAAGGCAUGGCGGUUCACAGGUUUGCCCCAGACGAGCUUGUCAUCCAGGACGCUGUCGAGGAUGUGGUUUCCGAGUAUGUGCACUGCGAUGAAGAUGAAGACGUUGCUGUAGAAACCUGCGUGAUGGCUCUGGAGGGCGAGGAGGAAGGUGUUGCCAUGGGUGAUAUCCCUGAAGAUGGGCUGGACUCAGAGCAGCAGGAGGAUGACCAAGAUGGCUGUGGAGAUUAUCUAAUGAUAUCAUUGGACGAAGCUGGUAAAAUGGUAUCAGAGGAUGGAACAGAAGUCACAGUGGAGGGAGCUGUGGAGGACCAGGAGGUGGAGAAGGAUGAAGACGGGCAGGAGGUGAUUAAGGUCUACAUCUUCAAGGCUGAUUCUGGGGAGGACGACAUGGGAGAAUCUGUUGAUAUCAGCGAUGGAGACACAGAGAGUGUACGGUUAACCGAGUCUUCAGGCCAAACACUCCGAGAGAAGAUGGUUUACAUGUCUGUAGGGGAUUCUCAUCACAAUCAAGGAAACCACGGUGUGGACGACAGUGAAAGUUGUGAAAACCGCAACGGGGCAGCCAGUGCUCUCCUGCACAUUGAUGAAUCGGACGGGGUCGAAGAAAUCAACAGACAACGCAACAAGAAGCAGAGGCGGUCGGAGCCUCGACAGGUCCAGACAGCUAUCAUCAUCGGUCCGUAUGGUCAGCCUCUGACAGUUUACCCCUGCAUGCUUUGUGGUAAGAAGUUCAAGUCACGAGGCUUCCUGAAACGCCACACCAAGAAUCAUCACCAGGAAGUUGUGACCAGGAAAAAGUACCAGUGUACAGACUGUGAGUUCACCACUAACAAGAAAGCCAGCCUUCACAACCACAUGGAGGUGCACGCCCUGAGCAGCAAGGCUCCUUUCGAGUGCGAAAUGUGCGGCAAGGAGUUCCACCAGCAGGCGGCGCUAUUCUCUCACAGACUGCAGCACCACCACAGGGAGCCCAAGAGCCAGCCACCUCCAACCCCCAACAAGAUGCAUAAAUGCAAGUUCUGUGACUAUGAAACUGCCGAGCAAGGACUUCUCAAUCGGCACUUGUUGGCUGUUCACAGUAAAAGUUUCCCUCACAUCUGUGUGGAAUGUGGAAAAGGCUUUCGACACCCCUCAGAGUUGAAGAAACACAUGCGCACACACACGGGCGAGAAGCCUUACUCCUGCCUGUACUGUGACUACAAGUCGGCCGAUUCCUCUAAUCUCAAGACACACAUCAAGACUAAGCAUAGCAAGGAGAUGCCAUACAAAUGUGAGCGCUGUUUCCAGACCUUUGCUGAGGAAGAGGAGUUAAUGCAGCAUGGACUAACACACGAGGAGAAUAAGACCCACCAUUGUGCCCACUGUGAUCACAAAAGUUCCAACUCCAGUGACCUGAAACGCCAUAUCAUAUCUGUUCACACCAAGGACUAUCCACACAAAUGUGCUGUCUGUGGGAAAGGCUUUCACCGACCAUCUGAACUGAAGAAGCACUCAGUAGCCCAUCGCACCAAGAAACUCCACCAGUGCCGGCACUGCAACUUUAAAAUUGCAGACCCUUUUGUUCUCAGUCGCCAUAUCUUGUCUGUCCACACAAAGGAGCCACAGUCCUCUCCUGAAAAGAGUGAGGGUAAGAGGACAGAGCCGAACACUCCUGUGGUGUCACCUAAAAAGUCUGCACCUAGCAGCUCGAGUGCCACCAGCCCUGCUACUAGAGUCAGUGCCGCCAGUUUAGCCAGCAGUGUGACUGUAGUUAUUGGCAAAGGUCAGAAGGAGAGGAGAAUUUACCAGUGCCAGUACUGUGACUACAGCACCGGGGACGCCUCGGGUUUCAAGCGACACGUGAUUUCCAUUCACACAAAAGACUAUCCACACCGCUGUGAGAUCUGCUCGAAAGGCUUCCGACGACCAUCAGAGAAGAACCAGCAUAUCGUGCGCCACCACAAGGACGUGAAGGCAGAGUGACUCUGACUGAGCCAAAUACUGUGCCACAAACCAGAACAAUGUUGAAGCAACUAUCACACCCCAAUCACUGCACCCUCAGCACAACACCUUUCACAUUGAAAUAAUGUGUACGUGUUCGCUGCACUUGUUGUUUUGCUCCUUUCUGAUCCUCAGCCUAAUGUUUGUUCAGAGAUGUAUACACGUGUACAUAACAUUAAUGCUCGGUCGGAGGUAGCAACAGAACCCCUCUGUAGACUUGCACUUUUAACUGCAUGUCCCUUGCCGGUGACAGUGUGCAUGGCAGAAUGUGCAAAUGUCUCUUUGUAGAUACACGUUAUGAUUUUUGCAGGCAGCAAUCAGCUCUCAGUCACCAUGGUCCUAAUUAUUUGUCUCAAAACAGAAGUGUCGUUUGCAAAAUGUUUGCGUCAUUUAAAAAAAGUAAGUACUAAACACAGCAGUAAGGAUUAGCAACCUGUUCACAGUAGCACUUGUCAUCUUGGUAAAGAUCAUUUUAAAAUGCAGUAAACAUGUCAUGUAUGUUACUAUGAGUGUGCGUGCGUGAGAGAGAUGGAGUGUGAGUGACAAAAAAAAGCAUCUGUUCUUCCGGUGCUCAGACCUCACCCCCCUGUGACAUAAUGCUUUGUGUUGUGUUAACAAAAACACACGGCCGGCUGAGUUCAACACCAUCAGUCGUUUUUAGUUUUGGUCAACUGCGAUUAUUGAAUUGACACAAAAUACAGAGUGUAGUAGUGGAUGAUCACUACCCAAUCACUGGAUUAUCACACAGUUGUCGGAUGUUUCUCUUUUUAAAUCGGUAGUCAUACUGUAGGUUGUUCCAAACAAGUGCCCAAAGCAGCGGAGGAAGCACUGACUGAUAUGUUGCCUGGAAACCCAAAUCCCACUAAUUUGAAGACAAAAAAAAAUGUAUGUGAUGAUAAUGUUUGUUUUCAACAUUGCUGAUGACGAGCUGCUCCAACAGAUGGUUUCUUUUAUCGAUGAACAAACUUGUUAUAAUUGACUUUAUAUCUAUUAACUCACUGAAAAAAGCAUAAUCUCUAAGCAUCAGUAUGAUCCAAUAUUAGGCUUGAAUCGUGGAAAGGUGACAUCAUUGUCCGGAGGUAAGUCCGGCCUCAAUAGAAUCAUACAGUAUAUCUGGUGCUUGUGUUAUGAAACUAUGAACUGAAGUUUCUUUUCACCAACACAGAUGUACCUUUGCCAGUAGAAAGGGAAAAUGUAUGUCAUUUUUUUUAAAAGGUGCGGCUUCAGAAGACAGGUGCUGGUGGUCUACUAGUACAAUGGCUUUUUACAUUUUUUUUGUUAUCACCUGUGACCAUUUCCGUUUUUAUAUUUAUUUCAUUUACAAGUUGUUGUAUAGUUAAGUGUAACUAGACUUCUAUGGGACGUAAAUUAUUGUUUUGUAUACAAAUCUGUACAAAACGUGUAGAUGUAAACACUUGAUAAAAACAAAAUCUGAACCGUGUUGUUAUGGAUGUACUUCAACGUAUUUGUUAAAAAAAGGUAAUAAAAGCAAAGUAUUUUAGCCGUAUGUCUUUUAUUUGCUCAUAGGAGCCUUGUGGAGAUCUGAAAAAAAUUUGUACCAAAACCCUGUGUUGCCCUUAGGUUGGAAUAAACUUACUACUUCAUAGAACAUUUGAAAAGGGAAGUUUUCU